UUUUAAUCUACAUGUUGUUUUUAUAGUAUUAAACUGGAGUAUUAUCAGACAGGAUUUUAGAUCACAACACAAAGUGUUAAGUGCGUAGUUGGGUUAGUGAAACAGGAAGCAAAAGCACCGAUUAGUACAAAGAGCGUUUGCUGACGUUCGUUUGCAGCCUGGAGAAAAAAAUCAAAUUUUGUCCCAUUAAAUAUCAAGAUAAUGUUCAUCUGAGAUGGAUAAUGUUUCACAGCAAGGACAUUAAAUUAAAUCCAAAUGUGUGAUCAGAUAAAUGGAUAAAGCAGUACAUAUGAAGAAUUGGAAUGAAACCUUCACGUCUUCUUUUUUGCAAAAAGAAAGACUGAAAACUGUCAUAAAUUCCAGUUUGCUGAAUGUUUUUGCUUUUUUACUGUUGCUUUUUAAACCUUGUUUCGCUAUUUGUGCCCGGGCUGAGUAUGAAAUAAAUGGUGAAUGUUGUCCUAUGUGUGCACCAGGAAACCACGUUUAUAGACAUUGUACUGAGUACACUAGCACAACCUGUGUACCAUGUACAAAAUCCACUUACACUGCUGAACCCAAUGGUCUCUUAGAGUGUCUGAGCUGUACAGUGUGUGAUACUGGACAGGGAAUACAGAUAAAGAUGCCUUGUACAUUGGUAUUAGAUACAGUGUGUGGGGCAUUAGAUGGAUACUACUGUAUUGACAGAAGAGACAGCUGUAGAAAAGCCUUGUCCCACUCAAAUUGCAGCCCUGGACAAUACAUAAGGCAAAGAGGAACAGAACAUACAGAUACUGUGUGUGAUGCAUGUCCAGGUAGUACCUUCUCCAAUGGCUCUUUCGAAAAAUGUCAGCCGCAUUUAAAAUGUAAAGAUUUGAAUCGUAUAGAAGUAACAUCAGGUACAAAUUUAUCUGAUGUUGUAUGUGGAGCGAAAUCAUACAGGGAUGUAACAGCAGGGGUCCUGGGUUCUGCUGUAGUUGUUGUUUUGGCUGUAGCUGUUUCAAUAUUUAUAUAUUGGAAAAUCAAAAUGAAGGAACAAACACUUGAAGUUCAGGAAACAGAUACACAUUCACCUUUAAACACUACAAGUGUAUAACAUUCAGGGUCUCAGCAGGUUCAGCUCCCUCAGAAAACAGUGGUGGAAACAGUGGACAAACAACAGACAGCAAAGCUUUGGCCAUCACCCCCAAACCAGACAUGAACAAUCAAGACUGUUUAGAUGCAUGGCUGGUAGCGGGUUGCGGUAGCGGCUGGUGGUGGGUUAGUGUAAUAGUUUG